AUGACAGAUAAAAAGCCACGAAAACCAAAUUGGUCGGAGGGAGAAAUGUGUGUCUUAGCUGACGCGUGUCUGUCAUUUAACCAAAUCAUCCGUGGUAAAUUUUCGCCAUCCUUGACCUCGGAGAUGAAGAAAAAGGCGUGGGAAACCAUCACCGAUAAAAAUGCUUUUAGAGUAAAUUCAGUUGCAAUAAACUGCACCAGAACACUCGAUGAAACCAAAAAGAGAUUCCAGGAUGCCCAGUCUGCCAUUAAGAAGAAGGAGGCAUUCAGAAAGAGGGAAACUAACAAAACAGGAGGUGGACCCCCGCCUGAGGUGAAUUUCAAGCGAUGGGAAUUGACAAUUCUUAGUACCAUUCCAUCGGUGGCGAUUCAUGGUCUCGAUGGGGGCGCUGAUACAGGGACAGAUUUGGACAGAGGUAACAGGACAGAUUCAAGUACAUGUAUGACAAUUUCUGAAGGUAUCCAAACCCCUGGGGCAAUGGGAGAUACAUGUAGCUGGACUUUGUCAUCAGAUCAGGUCACAGAUUGUAUAGUAGACAUUAUACCUGAGAAUGAAUGUUCGGAGCCACCCUCUCCAUCUCCAUCUUGUACCCUUACAUGUACAUCAAAUAAGAACAAGAAUAGGAGCAGUUUGGGACUCAAACAGAAAGCUGGAGAUUAUGAGAAUGGAAUGAAAGAAAUUAUUGCAAUGAAAAAGAAACGCUUAGAACUGGAGGAACGAAAAGUGAAAGCCCUUGAGAGAAUUGCCAGUGCUUUGGAGGGACAUCAGGGACAGUCAUGCACAGAAUUCUCUGUUUCUCCUAUCAUCAAAUUUAAUUAGAAUCCUGCAGCGAUUUCUUGUCUUAUUUUCUUCAUUUACCACCGAUUAAUUAUGAUAUCAAAAAGUGUGUUGUCGGCUAAAUAUCUGAGUAACAUUUAUUUGCUUGUCUCUCAAUAUAUAUGUUGUGGGGUAGUAGAUUGCUUUUGAUAUUGUCAUAUGAGGCAGUUAUUGGUUGUUAAUUGAAGUAAUUCAACUUUGACCAUUUUAUGUCAUAUCAAUAAAUUAACUAUUUAUAAUGAUAUAUAUGAAUCAAUAUUGAUUAAAUUCACCUUAUGAGAAAGACAACAAACAUGUUAUAUUGAAAAUGUUUGAUUUUGCAAAGACGUAAUUAUAUAUCAUAUGUUAUAUUACUUAUAUAAUUUACUGGGAACUGGUAAUUAUUUUGGUCUAUAGAAAUCUGCUUGUAGUAAGGAAUAUAUAUUAUUUAUAUACCGGUUAAUAUAUAUUUAAUUGA